AUGAAGAAGGAGAUCAUCCGGAAGCACGACGGUGGAAUGCGUGUGACAGACCUCUCCAAGGAGUACGGGAGGAAUCCAUCGACCAUCGGGACCAUCCUGAAGAUGAGGGAGAAGAUCCUUGUGACUGAUGCAGCCAAGGGAGUCACCAGGAUCGUGAAGAACCGCCCAGCUGUUCUGGAGGAGGUGGAGAAGUUGCUGCUCAUCUGGUUAGAAGAGAAACAGCGUGCAGGGGACAAAGUGACUGAGGCCAUCAUUUGUGAGAAGGCCAAGGCCUUGCAUGCAGACCUCGUCCGGGAACAGCCAGGAACCUCAGGCGAGCCAGAAGUCUUCAAGGCAAGCAGAGGCUGGUUUGACCGGUUCAAGACAAGAUCUGGAAUCCACAGCUUAGGCACUCUGGGCAAUCCACGUGGUUCUAGCAGUGCUGUCCAAUCUUCCUCUUCCUCCCACUACCUCCGUCUCAACCAGCCCAGAGCUAAUAAUGACAUUGCGGAUGCCUUAUCCCGUUUUCAGAUGGAGCUCUUCAGAUCCCUGGCUCUGGAGGGCCAGCAGCUUCUGGGAUAUUUCCUGGAGCAGUUUGGAACCUUGGCAACAGAUAGUCCCGCAAGGAGUCCGCCUACACCGCAUGUCAGGAUAGUCAGGCACAGCAUUGUCCACUGGGACAGCAAGAGGGUUGUGGAGUCUGGAUUUGGACACAGGCUCAGGAUUCCCAACCAUGUGUACGUUUCCUGA